CAGGCCGGACAGGCGACUCUCGCAGGAAAGCGUAUGAGAGGCAGACCUUGACGCCCAGCCGCGCAUGGGGAGAUUGAACCACCACCAUGAGGGUUCUAACAAUUCGCGAUCGUCUCACAAGCGCCAAAGCCGACUUGGCCAUCUUAGCAGUGAGCAAGCAUCUCGCCAAUUCCUCAAGCUGCUCCCAAGAUUCCAAAAGCGUCCAAAACACCCGACUUAGCUCAACUCACAUCCGCGUGGAAUACGACAACCCGGGAAAUGAGGGUGACGAGUUACCCGUACGUUCCCGUACGGCCCGCACGUCGUACCCAAGGCACCAGAGGUCGUCGCUUCGCUCGCCUCUUACAUCGUUCCCAACUUCCCGAGGGACGAAUGAACCAGAACCACCCCCUAGAAACCGGGCGCAGCAGCUUAGCUCUAAACGCGCGGUUUUCCGUACGGGCCCUGCAGAUGCCGUUAUCAAAACACCCGCAAACAAAGAAUCUUUCCGUCGAGUUAGGUUGUCAAUGACUUCACACGCGACCACUCAGUACACUGGACUGAUUCCCUCCCACUGCCCCUCGUGACUGAACCCCAACUGAGACGAGGGGGCGCCAUCUAAACCGCAAAAAAAAGGGGUGUGUGUGCGUUUGCAGCAGUCCCUUGCUCUUGAUGGAUGCUAGAACGCCCAGACUCGUCUCGGCCCGUUCUGAAAGAAACCUAACCCAAAUCUCAAAAGUCAAGGAGGGGUGACUCGGCGAGGUCAUCAUCAUUGAGAACUCCCAAAUACAGCCAGAGCUACCUGAUACUGCCUAUAGUCGACAGAGACAAGCAACAAAGGUAGAAGCGCUCCAAAGUCUCAUAUAUAUCUGAAUGAGGAGACUCAACCUACUCCGGGUCAAGCUAAGUGAAAGAGAGGCAGAAGUGCUCAUGGGCAUGAGUUGAUGAGGUAGCCGCCGAGUCCAAAGUGCUUGCAUGACCUAUCCGUACCUUGUCCCACAAACACAAACCCCCCUCCACCCUGCAAGAUCGACGUGAUGUUGCCCAGCAUCGUGAACCUCUUCCACCC